AUGGCCUCCACUCCAUCACCCUCCUCGACUCGUCUUGACCCCAAAAUCCGAUACUAUGUGCAUCGAAAGCAUGGAAACACCAUCGUGCCGCUUAUACCUGCUGACCAAUUACCCUUCCACUUGAAAGACUUUCCCAAGAACCUGAACCACCGAGAGCUGUCCCAAGGCGGGUGGAAGUACUUGGAGGAGACAUCUGAGAUACCGUUUCCGCUUGCGCUGCUGAGCCCGGACGUACAGGUUUUAUUUGAGGACAAGCCAGUGCAGAACGUGGAUAGUGUAGUGAUGCCCGUGAAGGAAGCUCCCAUGGAAAAGGCGUCCCCGAAGCAAGUGGCCGCCACAGAAACACCAGCAAAGUAUGUGUCUAUUGAUGAAGGACCUGCACAGGAGGCGCCAACGAAGCAACCCACCAAGGAAGCCGCCCCCAACGCGCAGAAGGCCACAUCAACGAUUAUCUCCGGUCGUCCAACCCAUGGCAAAACCAACUCCCUCACCGACAGCAUGGCAGCCAUCUACACUAAUGAUGCUCAUCGGCUUGGCUACACUAAAAGCUCGUCCACCCUCAAGCGCACCGUAGCCGCGAAAGAUAAAGAAAACUGCCGCCACUGGGUGAAGAAUGGCGCAUGUAAGUGGACUAAUAAUGAGGAAGGAUGCCGGUACAAACAAGAAAUACCAUCGCUGGAGAAGCUGAAGGAGAUGGGUAUCAGUGAAUUGCCUGGGUGGUUUCGGGAGAAAGAUCAACACUCGAAUGAUUCCAUCCCGAACAAGGCCGGCGAGCAUACGGUUCCUGCGACUUGUGGCACAUACACAACGAAUACAGCCGACGAGCCUAUGCUUAUGGACAUGGAUACAAACAUGAGUGACAUGGCUUCAGUCCAAGAUAAUGUUCGCAUCCCUCCCAUGGCACAAGACAUAGCACAAGACAUGCCAGGCGACUUGCAGGCCCCAUGUACUGUUGCAAAGCCUUCGAUGACAUCCAACAGCCCAAACAAAUCUCCGGUAGGCCCUCCUGUAUCUGCUUCAAUGCCUAUCCAAUCCGCAGAUUCAUCAAGCGGCAAUCUUCUCGCUGCUUCCGGUACUACAGCUCCAACACCAAAGCUUGCUCCAACAUUGGUCGGGAAUAUUGUCAAUCACCACGAUAUCUCCGCCUUAGCGCCAGCACGAAAUCCAGGCCCAGAUCCUAAAUCAACAUCCACAAAGCCCGCUUCUUCUUCUUCUCCUGUUGCUUCGCCCCGAACGAACGCACCCGAGUCUACGAAGACGCGACUGAGGCCAUCUAGUACAUCCGCCCGUCCCAAUCCUGCGCACAGGCAAAGUCUUCAAAGUGCUCAGACGAAGAAAAUAAAGGCCAAUCAUGCGACCAAACGACCAACUUCGCGCGUGGCUAACGAAGACGAUGACGGUGCCGCGACCCUGGCCAGAAAAUCCACGAAGCACAGAAGCUCUCCGAAUAAGGGAUGCAAGGUGCGUGUGAGACAGCCUGAUUUGAUGCCGCGCAAGAAGACGGGUCUCGUGGUCAUUGAGGAAGGAGAGUUCGGAAAGACAUCGUCUGGUUUUGGAAGCUAUGUUAGCGCUGCUGUUGAGGAGGUUCCACAUAUACCAUGUCGUUCUGUAUGA